GUGCGCGCCCUCAAAAUUUUGGCGCCAUUUUUGAACGUACUAUUCGUUCAUCAUUGUAAAAAAUCUAAGUUUGACGUUUUUGUUUGAGAACAUUUUUCUAACGUUUUGCUCUACACGUUUUUAUGUCAAAUCGAUUUUAAUUAAUUACGAUCUUUUUGAUAUCGUAUUUUUUAUUAUCAAUCUUCUCGAUUACUGUGAAACGUAUAAUAGCGGAUAUUCGAUGAUGAAUACAAUCGUCGAUCCGAUCGAGUGGUUUUAAAUGAAAGAAAAUCAGAUAUGUCGUCAAAGUAAAUUCCCGAAUUUUUAUUUUUAACUUUCUCAGAAAUAAUAUUAUUGUAAUUGUUAAAUUAAAAAUAUUAUCAAAGACGUAAUACCCAAAGGUAGAUUCUAACGUGGCAUCGACUGCGCCACGUGCGAAAAAUUUUGCAACGUGUCGCAACCCAGGAUAAAAUUAAUGCUGGUUCAUAGUUAUCUUGUUACACGAUAGAUAACGCCACCGUUAACUGUGAUGGAAAUCGAUUACGUUCUAUGGUAUUUUUAAAAUGUUAUUUCAUCUCUCUCUCUCUCUCUCUCUCUCUCUCUCGCUCUCGCUCUCUUUCUCUCUUAUGCUUUUCCUUAUUGUAAGACAAUGAAAAAGAUAGGCACGACGUACGAAUUAAAUCGAAAACGUGUUGUUCCUUUUAUAAAAAAUUUCUUUCUCCAGGGACGUACCCUACGAAAUUGCCGCGCUUUCAAAAGUAGCGAUUUCGAAAAUCCGCAUACUUCACUAAAGAACAUAGUUGCGAGCGAUGACAGCGGCACGUGUCAUGGCGAGUAGUAGAGCAUUGACAUAAGAAUAGACGAGUCGAGUCGUCGGAUAUAAUCAUCGAGUAAUAACGAAGAAAUUGAGCAAAUUGUAGAAAAUGAAGGAGGAAACAAUGCUUAGUUUAAAGUGGCACAGUUUUCACUCUCACUUGGCAGUUUCUCUAGAUACGUGCUAUGAGAAGCAACAGUUUGUGGAUCUUUCCUUGGUGUGUAAAGACGGAACGAUAUUAAAGUGUCAUAAGAUGGUAUUAGCAAAUUCGAGUCCUUUCUUUCGACGUUUACUCGUCGCUAACGAUCAUCCUCAUCCGAUGAUCAUACUUCACGAUAUCGAGGCAGAUGAUCUUAAAACUAUUGUCAAUUUCAUGUAUUGCGGAGAGAUAAAAGUAGUUAAAAGUGAGGUUAGGAGGUUGCUAAAGUUAGCAGAAAUCUUAGAGGUUACUGGUUUGCGACAUAUUCAAAGGUCAAUUUUAACGGGAGAACACUAUAAUACGUCUCAAGAAGUUCCUAAAAAAACAACUACCAUAAACCCUUCUAAGAUAGAAGACAGCAGGAAUUCUAAUAAAAGCGGUCCAAACUCUGACUUCAGAUCAAAGGUUCAAAAUAAAAAUGCAUCUCAGUCUACUACGUUUGUUUCUUCCUCUCAUUCGCAUAGUAGCACGCUUAAAACUUCCCAGGACACUGUUAAAAGAAACGAGGACAGUAAUAUUACUGCUUCAAAUCAACGAUUUGAAAGUAACAGAUCUAAUAUUAAUAUAAUAGAUAUUAAUGAUAUACCAAGUACAAGUAAAGGUUUACAAACGCCAUUGACUUCGAAGAGAAAAGCAUCUGAUGAUUCUGUUAUCAGCUGGCAAAAGAUUUUAUCUACUAUAUCAAAGGACAAGCAAUUACCAUUAAAAAGAUUAUGCAUCAUGGAUGAAGUGGAAAUUACUCCUGGUAAACCUUCCUCAUCCAAAUCUGAUGCUAAGAGAGACGAGCCAUUGGAUAGAAGGAAAUCGACGGAUACUGUCCAUAGUAGUACUUCUAUGAAAUGUGCAGUUUUCAUAAAAGAUGAAGUAGACGUUUCAUCAGAGUUAGAAGAAAAUGCAGAUAUGGAUCCUCUUGAAAUUGAAGAACUUGAAAGUGAAAAUACAGAGAAUGUUGUAACACCUAAACGAACGUUCCGUUUGUGGAACGUCGAUCGGACUUAUAAUACACGUAGAAUGCUAGAUUUUCCACCAAAGAAAGGUUCUAACAGUUAAUAUGCGGGCCAUCGAACUUUGUUCUGUUGAGAGUGAUGCUUCUUUAGAUAAUGCAAUCUUGUGAUUGUAAAUUUCUUUAGAAGGAUAAAUCUUGUUAAAAACUCAUCCUCGUUGUGUGAUUAUAAAUAAGGACUAACAUUUCCACUUCGUCGCUGUUUUGUUACAUUAUCUUACUCCCUUCCUAAUAAACCAAUACAUACGGUA